AUGCACAGACCAAGCAAGGACCUAGGAGUUGCCAUAGGGUUUACGGUUGGGGCAAUUGUUUUAAGUGCACUAGCAGCAGGGAUCAUCUUUACUUCGUCGACAACUUUCUCCACGCUGUCUACGGGAGACGGAAAGCCUCCAGUAGUGCCGUCUUUUGGUACAUACGUCUCCAGUUCCAAAGGUCUCUACGUCUGGUCCCACACGACAGACAGUAAAGUUGGGAGUACACCUGCGUGGCAAGUUCUACUAGAGGACCAACAUGAUGAGAUUACGUAUCUCUGCGCGUUCUGCAAGCAGCACGGGAUCUCAGAGGUCUACCUCUUUAUAGGCUCUGCAGAAUGGGAAUGGGAUGCGUACUUUUCCAAUCUGCAAAUUCCACAUUCACAGGCCGUCCGCUCUGCGAUUGCAAAGCUAACGGCUAAAAAGAUCACGACCCACCCAAUGGUAUAUCUUAAUGAUGAGCCCGAUAACCUGGAAAACUAUGAGCGCAUGGAACAGAUUGCUGAGGCAGUCAGAUUGUUUAAGAACGCCAAUUCAGAUCUGCUGAUUGGGACACUCCAUAUUGACCAGGAACCGGCCAAUCCAACCGCGUAUACAGAUUACAUCCGCAUGCUUUACCUGGCUGGUCAAAAGCUCCCCAUUUCCGUGGCAAUCAAGCCCCUCUGGGUUCGUACAGAGUUGGCGACAAUUGAAGAGUCGUUCAGUCUAUUUGACUUGGCACUCGAGAUAGACAUGCUUCUCGACAUACAGAGCGUGGCAGAGAGAUUCAGUGACGUGGUCUACUAUAUGACAUCGCAUGCAACAAUGAUGGCAUACAGCAACACAAAGGCACAGGUUGAAAGCUUAGCAACAAGUGCUAUGGACAGUGCUGUACGGGUGGGUAAGCAGUAUGCUGAAAGCGCCAUAGAAGUAGGGUACACGAACAAUCUUCCGGCCGAGGAAACGUUACACUAUGUUCUCACAGAGGAUAAACAAGGAUGGUUCGAUAGCUUCUUGGACUUGAGCACGUCAUUCACCAAAACUGCCAAGGAGCGUAGCCUCUCCCACCGCACAGUCGUCCAUGACUAUUCACAGUACUUCUACUCUCUAUACUGUGAGCUUCCCAUCGCCAAGCCAAACAUAGUGGAUUAUCCCUACAAGAACUGCCCUACUAGUAAAAAUCUGUAA